AUGACAAUCAACGGAAUCAACGGUGCCAAUGGCACAUCUCACCCUGACGUUGAAACCCAGCCCAGGACCAGAGUCUACCUUUGGGGGCUCGAUAACGAAGAACAUAAGUCACCCACACGCCCCGAGCACGCCGAGGCUUUGAUCCAUGGAAGCUUUCAGGAAAGCGUCAUUGGUGCCGACAACAGGGAGCGAGUCGUCCAACGUGAUUUUAUGCCAGGUGGUGUCUAUCGAGCCAUUGUCAAACUGUUCCUGCGGUUCGAGAACCAAGCAGAAGACGACCCUUGGGCCAUGGCAACUGGAUGGCUCAUUCGCAAGGACCUGCUGGUGACGGCGGGACAUUGUGCCUAUGACCAUUCUCACGGGCUGGGCCGCCUGCUCCACGUCAAAGCCUAUAUUGGCUACAGUGGCAAGGAGAGCAUCAUACCUCCUGAGCCUAGUGUCAAAGAUAAAUUCCGUGAUAUUUACAGCAACUACAAGGUGGAGUUCCGCACCGGAAAGGCUGUCAUGACGACGGAAAGCUGGCACAACAAUGGGUCUUUCGAGGCCGCGGAUCUUUCUUUCAUCCAGCUAUCAUCUGGUUUUGAAGGUGUGGACCCGAUUAAGUACAGUCCGACCCCGAUCGCUAGCCAGGCAAAACUAGGUGUCAUUGGGUACCCUGGUGACCUACUCAACCCCGAUAUCCAGCACAGCGACGAGAAGGGAGCUGUCAUGUGGGAGAUGUAUCUCAAGGAUGCCGAGUCGUGGGACACUAGACUGAGCAGCAGCAACCCUGAAGGUCUUCUUCAAUACACCAUUGAUACCUACGGAGGCAACUCAGGCUCGCCCGUUCUGUUGGAGAAGCCCACGGAUCCCAAAAACGUCACGGCCAUCGGGGUGCAUGUUUAUGGAGGUUCAAAGAACUCGGCAUCUGUCAUCGGCCCUGAAGGUAAUGUUUUUGAGCAAUACAUCAGCGCCCUCGAUGUCUACAACGGCGCUCCUGAUGCUCGGGUUCGUUCGGAGCCAGUCGAGGGGCACCAGAGGGAAUGGCUCAAGAUUUUCAGCGUGCCAGCAGAGGCCAAGGUCACGCCGACGCCCAAGCCAACACCAGGUCCCAGGCCUGGCGAAGGAGAGGCUCUACUGCCCGGCAGCGGGGGGCCGGGAACUUUGGGUGGCAACAUCACUGGCGUCGAAGAAGGCUUCCUCGACUUCUUGAACAAGGCCGUGAACUUUGUGGCACCUGUCGUCACGAGCGCCCUCGACGUGGCCUUGCCCAUUGCACUCGGACCUGUCGGUGUCCCCGUUGCCGCGCUUGCCGGCGCGGCCCUCGGUGCCGCGGGCAAGCUCGCUGCCAGAGGCGCCGGGGGCACGGAAGCCGAGAUUGGCAAGCUGUCUCAAUACGCCCACGAGGGCAUCGCUGAGCGAGCCGUUCUCGGCGAGGCCGCCAUCGCAUGCCUCAAGCACAUGGGCAAUGACAAGUGCCAGCAGGAAGGCUUCUUUGACAGCAUGAGUGCUUAUGUCAAGAAGCUUGCUCCCUUGGUCACGACAAUUGGCCCCAAGAUUGUCGGCGCUGUCGCAGAGCCCGCACUGCGCCUCGCACUCAGCAACAUCCCGAAGCCCCCGGGUACCGAGACGGAGAUCCCAAAGCUCCGGCCUGGCCGCAGCAACGAUACCAAGGUCGCCGGGUUCGGGCCCAAGCUCCCCAACGCUAACCACGAAGCCUUCAUCACCACGCUUGGCAGCAAGCUCACGGAGAGCGAUACGGAGGGUUUCUUGGAGGUCGCGGAUGGCCCGGGACAGGUCAUCCGAAAAGGUCUACGAGUUCAUGUGCGGCCGCUGGACCAAUCGAUCAAGGACUUCCAUGAUCUCGUCAAGCCUAGAGGCACAGAGUCGACUUUCCAGGACCCUCAAGGAUGGAAGUUCAAGGGCGGCAUCACUGAGCGGGCCAUUCUGGGCGAGGCGGCGCUUCUGACACUGAUGGACACGAACGUGAAGAAGCUCGAACAGGAAGGCCUGUUCGACAUUAUCAAGUCCGUCGUUAAGACCGUCGGGCCUGUCGUCAUCAAGGCUGCUCCAGUGGUCUUCAAAGCUGUCACGCCCAUCGUCCAGAAUGCGCUGGCGGACCUCUCCAAGAACAAGGGAGGCAGCACUGAGGCUCUCCUACCUCCGGUCAACCAGGGUUGGCCGCGGCUCUCGCAGACGGAGCGCAACAUUCUGAAUGCAGACAAUGAAUUUGUGACUUGGGACACCACACUCAACAAUGAAAACAACGCAUACAACGCAGUUGAUCUAGAGGCUAGCAAUGCCGGCGUGCUGGCUUACAACAUCAUCGGGAAACGCUUCUCGGUCUAUAAUGCGGCCUUCGCUGCAGGGCAGCACGCCGUGCCCCACGGAGCCCCCAAUGUCCAAUCUAUUUUCGGGUUUGCUGCGGCGGGAGUCAACAUACUGGGCUCGUACCAGCAAGGCGACCCGCAUAUCGCAUUUGGAUGGAACAAUCAGUCGACUAUUUUCGCGGCAGGUGUAAAUCUUCCGGCGAACCAUCCUUGGUCUCUGGCGGGCGGUUUCAUCGCCGGGUUCGUCGAUGCUUCUUCACCUCAGAGAUACAGGUCUCAUGUGCGAGUUUAUGGUCAGCGUGCGAGCACUCGCAUCCAGGUCGGUUCGGACGCUGUGUAUGUUGAGAUGGGCCUACCUACGUUCGUUCGCGUUUUGAGCCAAAUGAGGAGCAGUUUUGCGCAGAACAACGUGUGA